CCGGUCUCUGGCCUUUCCUUGUGAUGCCGCUUCCGGUCAGCCUCCACUUCCUGUCCCAGCCCGGCAGCCCCCCAACGGGGUCCUGGGACCACCCCCCCCUCCGGCCCCAUAGCGACGCUCCGAGCCCCAUAGCGGCUUCCUGUAAGCGCUCUUAGUCCUAAAGCAGCCCCACAGCAGCGCCCCGAGCCCCGCGCCGGGCCCGCAGCGGCAACGCCAAUCCCAUUGGAGGCCUGAGGGAAGCCCCCCCGUCCCCCAGGAGCCCCCCAGCACCGCAUCACCGCUGCCAGCCCUACAACAACGGCACCGGCCCCAUAGGAACCCGCAGGACUUCAACGCUCCGUCCCCAGCGGAGCCUCCCGCUCAUCUUUCAGACACCCAGGGAGGUUCUGGGGGGGGGGGACCAUGUCCCGCGGAGCGGCUGAAGGGACCCCUGUGCCCCCCCCGGGCCGACCCACGGUGUACGUGCUGCUGGAGGGGCCGCGGGCCCCCGACAGUCUGCAGGUGGUGAGCGUCAGCUCCGUGCUGCCCGAAUCCGGCAUCGUGGCCGACAUCGAGUGGGACCCAGCUGGAGGUGGAGGAGGUGCAGACAACGGGAAAGCAGCCCCUGGUGAACCCCCGCCUGAGGACCCCCCCGGCCCUUUCUACAGCCUGAAGAGCCAACCGCUGCCCCACAGCACGGCUGCGGCCCCCCCAGCUCCUCCCUCUUCACGGGUGCUGCUGCGACAGCAGCUGAUGCGGGCACAGGCGCAGGAGCAAGAGCGCAGAGAAAGAGGUGGGGGAGGCCCCCCCGGCCCCUCCGCACCCUCCCAGGCCCCCGGCCCAUCACCUGCCAUCGCCGUGGGAGCCCCCCCGCAGCGGGCACCGCCACCUCAUGUACCCCCCGAGGUGCUGAAGGUGCAGACCCACCUGGAGAAUCCCACACGUUACCACAUCCGUGCAGCACAGCGGCAGCAGCUGCGGCAGUACCUGAGCUCAGCCCGCGGUCGCAGCCCACCCAGCCCACCUGCACCCCUCCCAACGGCCCCCCCCGCUGCUGCUGCACCCCCCCAUAGCCCCAUGGCACUGCUGCACAUUGGGGCGGGCUCUGAGAAGGAGAUCGAUGACGUCAUUGAUGAGAUCAUCAGCCUGGAGUCCAGCUACGAUGAGCUGCUCAGCUUCGGUCCCACCGACAGCACCGCGCUGCCCAGCACGAUGCCCGCCCCCGCGCCCCUCCUGGAGGUCUUCAGCCCCCCCACGGCGGGCAGCAGCUCCUGUCCUGCUGAGCUGCCCUGCGUCAAGGCAGAGCUAUCCGAAACAGAGGCGAAGGCGCUGCUGAAGGAGCGUCAGAAGAAGGACAACCACAACCUGAUCGAGCGGCGCCGACGUUUCAACAUCAACGACCGCAUCAAAGAGCUGGGGACCCUCAUCCCCAAAUCCAACGACCCGGAGAUGCGUUGGAACAAAGGCACCAUCCUGAAGGCGUCGGUGGAUUACAUCCGCAAGCUGCAGAAGGAGACGCAGCGCUCCCGGGAGCUGGAGCUGCACCAGCAGCGCCUGGAGGAGGCGAACCGCAGCCUGCAGCUGCGUGUGCAGGAGCUGGAGCUGCAGGCGCAGCUGCACGGCCUCCCCCUGAGCCCCCCCACAGCAGCACCACUGCCAGAGGCAGGGGGGUCCGAGGAGGAGACCCCCGGUGCCCCCCCUUUCCCCCCUCCAGCCCCGCAGUGCCUGCUGGACCUGGCGCUGCCCCACGACUUGGAGCUGCCGCUGGGGCUGGUCGGUGGGGGGGGGCUGGAUGACCUCCUGAUGGACGAGGGUGGGGGGCUUGAGGCUUUGGGCCCCCCCGGAACCCUCGUGGCCUCUCCCGUGCCCUCCUGCGCCUCCAGCCCCCGCAGCAGCCUUAGCAUGGAGGACGACCCCUGAGCGCUCGCGUGGCCCCUCCCGUCUCCAUCCACCCGUGGGAUUUUUGAGCUGUCUCUUUAAGAUAGAGGAACUCUUUGAAGGGUGUGUAUCCCUUUAAGGUGGCAUCGCCGCUUUAAGGCGGUGGGUCCACCCUCCUGGCCCCGCCUCUCCCUUGGCUCCUCCCCUGGGGGCGGGCCCUCAGGCGCAAAGCCCCGCCCUCUCGCCCUCGCCCUGCCUCGCUUAAAGGGGCCGCUUCCCAUUUUUAUUUCUCCUCUCAAUUUUUUACGGAAAUCUUAAAAAAGAAAAAAGUGGCGGAAAUAAACAUUUAUUAACGAAACGGUGCCUGGUU